CAACCGAAAGAAAAUAAAACUUUAAAUAGUAAGAAUUUAAAUAUAAAGCCUACCAUGACCAUGAUCUGGAGAGGAAUUGGUUUGUAUACUUCUUCCUUGUCAACAGAUCGAUAAUCAUUGAAUUUUACAGACCAACGAAUGAUUAAAUAUUUCUUCCAGAAAGUAUGGCGACUGUAAAUGAUCCCGUAUUUGUAGUAGUAGCAAUAGAUUUUGGAAGUCAUGGUUCAGGAUAUGCAUUCUCUUUUCGGUAUGAGUUUGCAAGCAACCCUAUAAACAUUAGCACCCCCUACUGGUCAUCAGAGAGUGGAGGAGAUGCUACCUACAAAGCACCUUCCUCUAUUCUUCUUAACUCAAAGAAGAAAUUUGUUGCCUUUGGUCACGAUGCUGAAGACAAGUACUCAACUAUUUGUGAAAAGAAUGAACAGAAUUCAUGGUACUACUUAAAAGAGUUUAAAAUGAAACUGUAUGAAGCUGUUGUUUUAGGACAGGAUAUUAGAGAUGAUUUUAAAAUGGAGGAAAUGAAUGGUAAAAAAGUUUCAGCGAAGAAAGUAUUUAGAUUAGCAAUUAAAUUCUUAAAAAAACAUCUGCUUGACCAGUUUAAGGAAAGGAACCUUGGUGUGAAUAAUGAUCUGAUUAAAUGGGUAAUUACGGUCCCAGCUAUUUGGAAUGAUGCAUGUAAACAAUUCAUGAGAGAAGCUGCUGAAGGGGCUGGAAUUGCAGGAGAUAAAUUCUGCAUUGUGUAUGAGCCUGAGGCAGCAUCAAUAUAUAUGCGUCUUAUACCUGUAGAAAAGUUUGUAGGGGAAAAUCAAACAACUAUAUUAAGAUCGUUUGAUCCUGGCAGAAAGGUUAUGGUAGUUGAUGCUGGGGGUGGUACUGUUGACAUAUCUGCACAAGAAGUUUUACCUGAUGGUCACUUGAAAAUAAUUCAUAAAAUAUGUGGAGGUUCGUGGGGUGGUGAAUGGGUCAACCAAGAGUAUCGCAAAUUACUUAAGAAACUGAUAGGAGGAGAUGUAUUCCUGGAAUUUAAACAAACACAAGGAUUAGAUUAUAAUGAAAUGAUGAGGUGCUUUGAAAUCCUUCAAAGGAAAUGA